AUGCCAGCUGACGCCAUCGAGUUCAUUCACAACACCCAGGAUGGUGUAUCACCAUCUGAUCUCGCCGACACGGUGACUGAACUCUUCAAAAAUGUGUCGCGCGCGCAAGCGCUGAACAUCUGGCGCGAGAAGAUGGAGAAGUACUACAAGAGAGACGAGAAUCAACUCAAAUCGGCGGCCAUAUUACUGCGAGAAUUCGGCGACGACGUCGAUAUUUUUGAGCCAGUAGGAGUUCCAGCGGAUGUCGAGGUUCUGGCGUGGGGAAUGAAGAAGAUUGCCGGGCCUCUGCGCGCGGAAUCGUUGAGGAGACGGCGAUGGAUGCAACAUGUAUAUAACACAAAUUCUCGAAAUCUCGAGUUGUAUGCCAUUAUGGGCGAGCUGGACAAUGCCGGCUUUCCGUUGGCUUACUGUCUGAUGUCAACGGCGACGUCAAUCAGUCCAGACAAGCGCAAGAAAACGCUCACCGCCUUCCUGUCAUGCGCAAAGGCCCGUUAUGGCCUCCAACCGAAAUUUGCUCACCCACAUGCCAAGAUCUCCAUCUGCUGGUGGCAUGUCGACGAUGCGGUCGGAAAGCGCCUGAAAUCAUCAAAGCUCUCGACGACACGGUAUAAGCCCGCCAAAGCGCGUGAAGAGUUUAGCUUCAUCGCCCUUGAUUUCAUUCCCACUAGCAAGGCUGACAAGGAUGAGUAUGAAGGCGGGAAACCAGACGAUUUGUCUGACGAUGAAGACGACACACCGCCUGACCUAACACACAACCCAUCCCGACUCACCUUCAAGUUGCCAGCACCCCAGCCCUCUCUGCCGCGGCGUACAGAUGCCCAUGGCAUUCCCAUAAUCCGCCUCCCUCCGGGUCCCUUUGUCGAGAUAUAUGGCCAGAGCGACUCAGAUAGCGAUGACGACUUUGAAGACUCAGAAGACGAAGUUGCCGAUGAGCUUGAGGUGGUCGGCCAGAAGCGGAAGAGAACGUCAAAGCGUCCGUUCUGCCCAAUAGAGCUCCAGUCCCGAGUCCUUCAGAUGAUGAAGGAACAUUCACAUGUCCACGCGCUAAUCCCUGGCUACUGCCAUCCCAGCGCCGACGGCAUACGCUACUGGGCUGUGAAGCAGAUGUACGAUCUUUGUGUCGCCAAUGACUUGCGAGAGGUCUGGGCUUACCUCUGGGGGAACUGGUACAGGAAAGGGCGAUGGGAGCUAUGGGUCCGUUCCGCGCAUCCCACCAUUCCACGACUCCGAACGACUAUGAUCUGCGAGAGCCACUGGCGCAAACUUAAGCAAGAUUAUCUUCAUGAAUAUCAUUCUCCCCGACUGGAUUUACUAGUAUGGAUCAUCUUGACGAAGCUUUGCAAGACAUACACCACAAAACUCACCAAAUUCCUCACCCCUAGCUGCCGGACACGCAUGUCCGAGCUUCCGUCAUGGCGCGACACCUUCCGCAAGACAUGGCGAAGCCUCGAGAAACGCGACAUCUCUGACCGAGUCCAUGACACCUACCGGCCCGACGUCAAUCGCUGGGUGUGCUCGUGCCCAGCAUUUCUCGUCAGCCGGUUCCUUCUCUGCAAACACCUUGUCCAACGCGUUCAAGUGGUCCCAGCCACAUUUUUCCGCGAGGUGAAGCGGCGCCAUACGGUACCAUUCUGGCAACACCCGGCCUUGAUUUCAUUGCACGACGGCAACGAUGGGCCUGCUCUCCAGGCUCUCGGCGCCGAUCUUCCGCAAGAUCUUGACGUUCCAGAAGACGAGGACGAGGAUGAUGAUCAAGAGCCGGCGGUCUACAUCGAGACAGCGGCCGAUAGGGAGUUUGACGCGUCAGCGGCAACAUUCGAGGCCGAGUUUGACAGAGAAAUUCAGCGGGUGGAAGAGUUCUUGGCAGGCCUGAAGUACCAGAAGCAGUUCCGGGACCGCCGUAUGCUAGAUGCGCUGCAGAAGAAGGGCAGUGGCUUCUUCCGAUUGGCGCAGGCUUGUCUUGUCAAAGAGAGAAAAGCCCAGAGCACAUCUGGACAAGCAGCGCAGACAUGGGACCCUCAGCUAGCAGAUGCGAUGUAUUAUCGGCCCCGACCACGCGUCGCAGAGCGUGAAACAUAG